GGAACAACUCUAGUUCUGAGUGCCAGGAUGGGAGCGGUGGACUGUCACUGCCAUCUCGCGGCGCCCGAAUUUCAAAGGGAUAUUGAACGUGUAUUGGAAGAUGCAAAAAAGUCUAACGUUUUGGCCCUGGUAGUAGUUGCUGAACAGUCUGGAGAUUUCACAAAAAUUAUUCAACUUUCAGAAAGAUAUCCAGGAUUUAUUUUUCCAUGCUUGGGCAUCCAUCCAGUUCAAAGUAUUCCAGGUGGAUGUGAACGCAGUGUUACUUUAAAGGAUCUAGAAGAAGCAUUCCCACUCAUUGAGCUAUAUAAGGAUCAUUUGCUGGCCAUUGGGGAGAUUGGUUUAGAUUUUACUCCCAGAUUUGUCAGCAGUGAUGAACAGAAGGAAGGGCAACGACAAGUUUUGAUGAAACAAAUUCAACUGGCGAAACAACUUGACUUACCUUUAAAUGUUCAUUCCCGCUCAGCUGGAAGGCCAACAAUUAACCUCUUAAAGGAACAAGGUGCUGAGAAAGUGUUGCUCCAUGCAUUUGAUGGCAAACCAUCUGUAGCAAUGGAAGGAGUGAAGGCUGGGUAUUUUUUCUCUAUCCCUCCUUCAAUUACAAGGAGUGAACAGAAGCAGAAACUUGUGAAACAGCUGCCUCUGGAAAGCAUUUGCUUGGAAACUGAUUCACCUGCCCUAGGUCCUGAGAAACAGGUGAGAAAUGAGCCAAAGAAUAUCUUCAUUGCUGCAGAAUACAUUGCUAAAAUAAAAGGAAUUUCAGUGGAAGAUGUUUUACAUGUAACGACACAGAAUUCACUGAAGGUCUUUCCUAAACUGAAAAACUUCCUCAGGACCUAGGUGAUGUUCUAUAGCAUCUGACAUUAAUUCAGAUUAUUUAAAUAUAUGUAAUGACAUAAAAUGUAUAAUAUUAAAAUAUC